CCGCCCCUAUCCCAGUGGCCUUUGCGGGAGCAAAAUGGCUGCCCCCGUGCAUCGGGGGUUGUCUUGCUUAUCCAGGGCUUUGGGAUGGUGGUCUCGGCAGCCAGUGUUGGUGACUCAGUCCGCAGCUAUAGUUCCAGUAAGAACCAAAGCACGUUUCACGCCCCCUACUUAUGAACCCAAAUACAGAACAGAAAAGGAAUUUCUAGAACAUGCCCGGAAAGCAGGAUUGGUUAUUCCUCCAGAAACUUUGGAACGUCCGAUACAUAUUGCCUGUACAGCGGGCAUCUUUGAUGCCUAUAUUCCUCCUGAAGGUGAUGCCCGGAUAUCUUCUCUUGCAAAGGAAGGACUGAAACAGAGAGCUGAGCGAUUGAAGAAGAACGUGGCAUCACGAUUGUCAAUCCAGAAGAUAAAACAAUAUGAUGCUAAUUUUAAAACAAAGGACUUCCCUGAAAAAGCUAAGGAUAUCUUUAUUGAAGCUCACCUUUGUCUAAACAAUUCAGACCAUGACCGGCUUCAUACUUUGGUAACUGAACACUGUUUUACGGACAUGGUCUGGGAUCUCAAAUAUAAGACAGUCCGCUGGAGCUUUGUGGAAUCUUUAGAGCCUGCCCAAGUGGUUCAGGUUCGCUGCUCAAGCCUACUGAAGCAGAGCAACAUGUAUGGCCAGGUGACUGUCCGCAUGCACACUCGGCAGUUUGCCACGUGUCUUGAUUUGGGAACACUAGAACAUGGCUUCAGUUAG